GUUCGGCCAAUUGUAAUUUGUAUGUCCGGCAUUUUAAAAACUUCAGUGUUUCGUUUUCGCUUGUAUUGUGUGUAAUAAAUUAAAUAAUAAGAGUGUUCUUCGCAUUUAGUCAUGAAGAAAGAAAACUUUAUAAAACAAUAUUGUGACAUAUUUGCUUUAAAUACUUGGUAGAGUAAUACAAUAAAGUAAUAUAAUUAAUUCCCUUGCUGAAGUAAUAAGUAGUUGAUGGUGCAAAAUGUACCGAAACCAAAGUGCAUGAAGAAAUAAAAUAUGAAGAGCUUUGUGGAUGUGUGUGUGAAGUUUAAGAUGUAAGUGCAUCGAAAAUGUGGCUAAAUAAGUUACGAAUAAAAUAAAGUGGACAAAUUCAAUUAGAAAGAAAUUAAGAAUUGCUUGUUAGGCAAGCAGGCAAUUGUAUAAAAAUCACUGUUUUCUUUAUAUUUGAAGGUGGUUUUGGCAUUCGCUGGAUAUAUAUAUAUAUGUACAUAUUAAGAAUAUGUGAAUAACUGGUGAACGAAAUUAAUUAAAACACAGGGUCGAUUCACUAAAAGAAUCAUAUGUAUAAAGUCCAAGCAAACAAAAAGUAACCAAUAUAUUAUACACAUAAGUCGUAUAUAAUAACGAACAGUGUUUUUAGUGCGAUAAAUUAUGUUAUUAAAGGAACAGGUGUCCACAGUAUAAAAAUAAAAUGUAAAUGAUCUACAUACAUUGGAUAUAUUUUAUUUGGUGUAUAAACCCUAUAUCUAUGACGACACCUACUGGUAUUAAAAAUAGGGAUAUAACUAUUGAUCGUAAAUAAUUAAAAAUAUCAUGUGGAUCAAAACAAAAUGUGAUAACAAAAGGAAUUAACACAUCUUAAAGAUAAUAAUCGCGAGUGUACUUUGUUAUUUUUUUGUAAAAUUCUGAUCUGGUUAGCACUCGAUAAUUAUCUGUCAAUUAAUGUGGAAACUUAACAACGAAAAUGGAUUUGCCGAAGAGGGAGAAGGUAAACGUGGUGCAACCAAAUAACUAUCAACAAACGCUAAAUAUACGAAAUACUAGCAAUAAUACAAAUAAUGAAGGCACAAGCCAAAGUACUGAUACUAGUGAAAUCUUUAGGGAUCAAGUAUCGAAAUGUUCACCAAUAAAAACAAUAACUCCACCAAUUAGCAUAUCAGCAGGUGGGACGUUAACCGAAGUAGCGCCGAAAGCGGUUGAGGCGGUGGUUAACAGUAACGAAGAGACUGAAUACGCGGCCAUGGUGUAUGCUGAUGCUUCGAAGAUGAGCACGACAACACCCAUAAACACAAUACCGAAAACAUUGGUAACAAAUAUAGCAAUUACAACUAAUGAAUAUCCGGAAAAUGCACAGCUCAACUCUAAGAUAGGAGAAUUUAUAAUACCAGCCAUACCCGAUACCAAGCCAAUCAUCGAAAAGGGUGGGGUUGGUGGGGCCGUUACCAACAUCAAAAAGAAGCGAAAUAAAAACUCUAAGAAACGAGAAGACAAUAAAACACGCAAUAUUGGUAACAAGAAAGCGAACAUCAAUAUUAUUACCAGAAACGUCACUGAUGGGGAUCGUUGUCAGCCUAAUAUGGCCGGACAUCCAAUAAAUGCCAUCGCUUCCGGUACGGCCAAUAUGAAGGCAUCAGUGUCAAUGACAUCGCUGCCACCGGACGAUGAGAAGGCAGAGAGUCGUGACGUAAUUAAAGCGAAGCUUAACGUCGAACGUCCUUACAACAGUUUAAAAAAAAACAUCGAACGCAAUGCUGUCGGCGCAACUUUAGGGGUAAGAGCAAACUGCUUCAGCCAAAGUCAAAGUAGUGCCAGUAGCUUCGCAAACCAUCGCUAUUCCUGGGGAAGCGGAUACAGUUAUAGCUCGUCAAGUUUACAAAGCAGUGCCACGCUUGGUCUUGGUUCGGCUAAGGACGACCUUUGGGCUGCUAUACAAACUAACUAUAAUUAUAUCAUGGACACAAACCUUUUGGAUUCAUGCAAAGAGACAGAGCGACAUCUUGCGGAUCAGAAUCAAGUUAUUGAUGUGGAAUGCGAACAAUCACAUUGUGACGAGUUGUUGGGUGUAACGCAGCGGCGCGAAAUAUCUUGGCACGAUCCUCAAGAGUUGCGCAAGUGGUUACGUGAAAUGGAAGAGCGUCUUGAGUCGGCGCCCUCUUUGUCGACUGCUACUAUGUUAACGACAGCGGAGUUGGAGCACUGUUUGGCAGAUCAUUCGGUGUUAUACCAUGAAAUCGUAUCACACGCCCGAGUGGUAAGCGCCUGCAUUCGCUCGGCAACAGAGGGACAUCAAGGACAGGUGGAGGGACAGCGGCAGCAAUCGAUUGAUAGUUGCAGAACAAUCAUCGCAGAACAAACAAAUUCAUCACUCACAUCCAACGAAGAGACAACAACUUUGACAAUUGCCACAGCUAAUGAGCAGAACAAUCACGAAUUGAGCAGUGGCAGUAGCACCAGCGGAAUAGAAACUGCGGAAAAGUCUUUGUGUUCGCCUAGGACGUCGUUAGUCAGAUCGAAUACGGCAUCCCCGCAGAAAGCGGAAAAAACUAAGAUUACUGAGGAUAGUUUGGAGAGAUUGCAGAACCGUUAUCAUUUAUUAUAUUUGAAGGCCUUCGAGGUACAACUUUGGUUGGACGGUUUGUUGCGCAAGAAAAGCUCGACUGCAAGUAUUGUUGAUGCCGUAGGUUAUAUUGAUGACACCGACAAUAUAAAUUGCCAUUCCUCCGACUGUGAAGAAGACGAGACGGCUGCAACGGAGAACGACUUCAACAUUCUUGGUUCAGGAAUCGACAGCGAUAUCACGCACAAUUCAUCCUCAGUUGGUGAACUGCCGAAUUGUAUUGAUUUGGUAGAAGAGGGCAACUGUGAGGCCGCAAAGGGAGACUGUGAAGACGGAGACGACGAAGGGGAAGACGAGGACGACGACGAAGUUGAUUUUGGACGUUCCCGCUUUGGUAGGCCGGCACGAGGCUACAACACCGUAUUGGUUACAUUUGAGAAACGGGGUGCAUCACGGUCCACCACUCUCACUGAUUUCGAGGCUGAUUCUGAAAGCAGCGACUGGGAGGUCACUGCGCAACAGGUGUCCGUUCAAAAGAAGUCAGACGACGUCGUCGUUGGCUGCCGACAGCUUUUGGAAAACGAAGAAAUCCCAACUAAUUCAAGUCAAAUCGUCACGCCGAUAAUUGGAGAGGAAAGCAGCAAGAUAGCUCAAUUACCAUUUGAUAUUCACACCUCCUCCAGUGCAACAUUUGACAGUAACCUGCAGCAAGAUGACAUUGUUGGUUUGAUUGCAAAUAAACAGCAUGAACGCGUGGCGGUCAGCGCAUCACCAUUGCUAAUGAAAUCGAAAAUGAAUAUGCUAAACGCAGAUGUUGAGCAACGAAAGCUAGUCUCAAUGAGCGCGUCAACAGCGGCCGCCACAAUCACCACCACCACUGCCAAUGAAACUAACGCCACCUCCGCGGGCACGCAAACCGCACAAAAACUUCAAACACUAUGCAAUAACAAGCCGAUUGGCCUACCUAUCAAGCAAAAGAGCAUCGCCAUCAUAUCACCGAAUAGUCACAACAAUAAAUCGCCGACCGUCUUGCGCAAACGUCAGUCACAGCACCACACUGACAUCUCAAAGUUUAAUCGAUCGAAUCGUAAGUCGAAAAAUUGUGCCGUUUUCUACUUCAAACACCUCGAUACGGACAACGAAACUAACUGCAGCAGCGUUGGUGAUGGCGCUGAUUUUAACACUACAGCAGAUGGUUUAUCCUCAUCUAACUCACAAACAAGCGAACAUCAUUUGUUGAAAUCGGCUGAUGCGUCAUCUGAUGACGACGGUGGCUGGCUAUAUUCGUCUGUCUUGCCGCCACAACGAGAAGAAGACACUAGCGCAUGCGAGGGAGUAGGAGUCGAUGAAAAAGGUAACAUCUGCAUCACAACCAUUGUCAUUGAUGGCUUGAAGUCAUCUGCCGUGACAUCCAGCUCAGCAGUGACUACAGCACCAACAGCGAACAGCGUCAUUAAUGACGACUCAGAUAAGGAGAACACGGAAGCGCGCACUCCGACGUUGGCCCAUGCGACACUAACUCCAUUGCCGGCUUCGAUUGUUUGCGCACAAUCUUACGAUAUAAGCUCAGCGCCGUCUUCACAAAAUCACACACAAAUCGUACACGCCGAAAUCCAACUGACACCAGUGACAACGGCAACGCCAACGGCACUGUCUGUAGGCCGAUUUAAAGAAAAAAGCUUCGUCGCCAGUUGCGGCAGCGGUAGCAGCAGCAGCUACAGCACCAGAAGUAGUAGCUGUUCCUCGAACGAUUUGCUCACCGAGACGACAUCGGCUACGAAUACAACGCAAAUCACACAAAUGCAUUUUCAACGCGUACAUCGCACCGAAAUGGAAUUGCAAAUCGACGCCAACGGUAAUAAAUCCAAGCAAAUGAUGGACAAUGGUGCGAUCAGAGGUGUAACCACAAAUAAUUCCCAUAACAACAAUAAUAACGGCGAUGCUGAUAACUUCAAUGAGAGCAGCGCCAUCAAAGGGGACAACAAUGCAAAUUAUAACGUUAAUAGUAAUUCUAGUAUUGUAGUAUUGCACCAACAACAACUGCCACAACAGCCACUUAUUUCAGGUGGAAAUAAUCAAAAGAACGAAAUGUUUUAUUCCGUUCGCUGGCACCCUAAAACAGUCAGCGAUUCCACCGAUAAAACGUCAAUGCAGCACCAGCAAUCACAGAAAACGGACAUUAAGAAAGUUCUUCUGCCUCCGCGCUCUCCACUUAAAUCGGAAAAACCAGUACAGUCAACAGCACGAGGCGACAACUUCAGCCCAACUAACAUGACAAAGGGUAAACUCUCGCAUGAAUCAAUCAAACAGCUGGUACUCGAAGCAGAGCAUUUAGUACGUGAUGUCGAAGCUCUAAAGACGCCUAUUAAUAAACAGAAACAAAAGCAUUCCGUCAUCAAAUUGUCGUCAACGGUAAAGAAGCGAGACAUAGUCAUGCCAGGUCCAAUCAAGCAACGUGUACAAGAAUGGCUGGAGCAUCAGCCAUCAUCAUCAACCCCAGUUCAGGGGCAUCGAAAUCACAGCGAUGAAUUGCAAAGUGGUGUAAAGUCAAAAGCGGGCGACGACUGUGAAGCGUCAGGCGAAGCUUCCGAAUCAGAUUCGGUUCCGCAGCUUGGUUCAGAUACUUCGGAGGGACUUACAGAAUCAAUAGCUACGUGCAUGCAGACAAGCACAAAUUCAUAUGGUGGCAAUUCCACAGAAUGCUUUGGUAGUUCAGCUGAACCCAUAGCCAGUUCAGCGACAAUACAAGGUUACGGCAGUAGCAAUCAGAGUUUAAAUGUAAAAAUUGUAAAACGCUCUCAGUCCCGUCGCAAGUCGGAACGACCAUGGUCGGUAUCAUGCCUGUCACAACUGACUACUGAAACAGUUCAAACAGAGGCGAUCGAACCAGUUGUGAGCAAUGCACAAACUGGACUUGCUACACAUUCUAUCAGUGAGUCAGCGUUGGAUUCUCUGUCUCCUGGACGGCAACGUGUCUCCUCCGCGUCAGCGUUAAAUGUCACCCAAGUUAAAGCGAGCAAUAGCAAGGGAUCUUUGAAACGUCGUAAGACUCGUAAGAAGAAAAUGUCCACGUCUGGGAAUUUAGGUGUAGUCGCUUCAAAUUCACAUUCAGUUCUUAAGAAAAGUCCAGAUUCUGGCUCUGAGGAUACCGCCGAGAUGCCACGACUCACACAAACUCUGCUCAUGAAGUCGUGUGAGUCCAUGUCUACGCAACAAAUACGUGAAAUAACAAGCGCGCUAUUGAGUCUACAACACGGAAAUGUAACAAAUCCCAAUGAAGGUGCAACAGGUGGCAGCAACAAUGCAGCUCAAUACACCAUAGAAAAGUCACAACAGCACGCCAUGCAGGAAGCGCAGAAAGAUAUGGGCGAAGGGGUUUCCUUGAUGAAACCCAAUUUUCGAGUGGGUUCCUACACCUCGGCAUAUAUGCGCAAUGAGAAACGGUUGGGUUCGUUGGCCGCUUUAGCCACAUACAUGAACGAUGAUGAAGAAGAGCAACAGGGAGAAUACACUACUGGCACUGAGGAUCACCAUAGCAGUUUCUCAGAGACAGCUUGGGAUAAUUAUCAAGAAAAAUAUAAUUCUGAAAACUAUUCCGAAGGCUUCGACUCGGAUGCAGCCAGAAAACUUAUGGAAUUCGGAGAUGACUACAGAAAUUUCAUCGAUUCGCAGUCAGAUUGCUGUUCGUCGCUGUCUGCUGCCAACAAUUUGGAUUCGUUGUCGCCGCCACGUAUGGACUCGUUGCAACAAGCAGACACGAAAACGAUCACGCAAGACACAAUUGCCAAUAGUGUAGAUCAUGCCAGACGUCGCCGUGCACUUGACUUGGAGUAUGAGAGGAGACGUAAGACAUUAGAGGUUCGCCGCAAAUCAUGUCAAGAUUCAACUGAUACACAAAAUACGCGUAGUCCCGUCAUAUCGACGUCAUCUUCAGUCAACGCAAUCACUCCUAGGAUCGGUUUUGAAAGGGUACAUCAACAGAUAAAAUCAGAUACAACUGGUCGCAAAUUGGAAUUUGGUAUGAGUCAAUCGGCACAGUCGUUGCGCCGCACAUCUGAAAGCGAUACAUCUACUCGACGUCGCAAAAUUGACGAUCGUCGUCGCUCAUCGCGCAACCUUGAUAAAAGUAUCAAAGCCAUACCGGCCACGUCGUCGUCGAGCUGCGACGACUCCGACAAUGAAAAGGAAAUGCGUAAUUUGCUACAACAAAGCAGAAAUCGCUUGGAAGACACCGAAGCAUUAAAGAUACGCUGUCACCUAUUGCGUCCAGAAGAUUAUACGGAGAUUAUUAGCACUUGCCGAGACAACAUACGGUGUUUGGAAGCCGUAAUACGUGGUCCGCCUGGCACAGUGCUCUCUGCACAGUGUGCCGGCCAGACAAAAGAUUUACUAGCAGCUUGGGAGGAUCUUUUGAGCUGGAGUGAAAAUGCUGCAUCUGCACGUAAAAUGCAGGAAGAGAUGAUCAUCCUUAAGCACUCUCUUAACAAAUUAGGUAAUAAUGGUACAUUUGAGCUACUGGAUACGGAGCCCCAAAUCCAAGUUGCCAUCGAGGCUCUAAAGAAUGAGAAAACGGAAUUGCAAAACUAUCGCACAAAUAUGCUGCGGCUUAACGCCAGUGUGCACAGCUGGUUAACACGCCAAGAAAGACGCUUGCAGAACGCCAUAGCAGAGGAAGAAUCCAAAGAUACUGGAAUAGUUGAUGUUGAAUCGCUCAAUAAACUCAAUAUGCCCAGUGUCGACGAAGGAGAUGCUGCCAAGUGUUCAUCUCCUGGGGAUACAGUGACUACAAAUAUAAGUGCCGCUGCAAAGAAUAUGUCUGCAUCCAUCGGCACCAGCACCGUUGGUAGCAGUACCAAAGUGCUGGACAUACAAACAUUAAUAAACUCAGAAAAUGAAUUCCACAGACACUUGAAGAAUGAAGUGAGUGAAAUGUACAGUGCUUGGGAUGAUGCUGACGCAAGAAUUAAUUCGCAAUUGGAGACGCUAACCAACUCGUUGCUGGCUUGGAGGCAGUUAGAAAGUGGUCUGUACGAAUUUCAGCAAGCGCUCGGUCAUGAUCGCGGCACAUUGAAAGGCCUGGAGGGCGCUCUGGAUAAAGGUCAAACAACACCAGUGGAGCUUGCACAGAAUGUGAAAGUCGUUGCUAAAUUACUUUCGGAGCGUGUAAAUGUCAGCGAGGAACAGCUCACUGCAGUGCGGGAACACUUGGACCCCAAUCACAUUUUACACAUUACUAAAUUCACCGCUUCAAAUGGCUCCCUUUCGGAUUCCGGCAUUUCAGAUGGUGGCGCAACUUCUGAUGGCGGAUUGUCUGAGCGUGAGCGCCGACUCGGCGUAUUGCGGCGCUUAGUAAAGCAACUGGAGUUGGCUUUAGCCCCUGGUAGUGAGGCAAUGAAAUCGAUUGCAGUGCGCAUGGAAUCGGCUGAAGCAGAACUUAAGAAUUUGCAAAACACUUGUCGUGAUCUUAUUGUGCGCACAGCUGCCACGCAUCAAAAUAAGAAAAUGCAACAGAAAUUGCAGAAAACCGAAAUACAACAACUACUCGUACCUGUCACUGAUAUUGGCGGCAAAGGCAGUAAGACUCCGAAAUCCAAUGGUCCUGAUGCUGAUGGUAAAAAUGGAAACCUAACUUAUGAACAGAAUUAUGGCCUUCAAUGUAAUGGGACAUCAAAACGCAAUGGCCGCCGAAGGCAGAACAAAAGAUCUUCAGGGUCCGAUGGCAACAUAGAUAAGACCAAUGCCAGAAUCACUAACAACAAUUCGGAUGCCACGGAAGUACGUAGUCAUUUAUCUGUAGCUGCUCCGGACUCUGGUGAUCCUGCUGAUGAUCCGGAUCUGGAAUUCGAUUUGGAGACAGGAGACAAAAAGAAUGAUAAGGUCACCCAUAAUAGCUGGGCUUGGCGUAUUGCAAAAGCAGCGGUUCCAAUGCAACUGGCUCUAAUCACCUUCCUGUGCGCAGCUUGUCUUAUGCAGCCCAACUGUUGUGACAACCUCAACAACUUAUCUAUGAGUUUUACGCCUCAGUUGCGGUAUAUACGUGGGCCUCCUCCGAUUUGAAACACAUCCUAUCGGAUGCUCCGUAGGAUAGGGUAGGAACUAACGUGAUGAGUCAUAAUAAGACCAUCCCUCUGCUCAAGUUGAGAGCUUAUCCAUAAAGAAGGUAUCCAAGCAUUUGAAAUUUGUUCAUCUACAUUGGGGAAUUACAAACCCUAUCAAAUUUUCAAUUUAUAUUGAAUUUCAUGCAUUAUGUACUAGAUAAAACCGAUACCCAAUAAGGUGGAAAUUUGAGUAAUUAAGGAGAAUGGUAGGGCACUUAUUUUAGUGGUGAAGACACUUAAAUUAUUUAGAUUUAAAAGAAAAAACAUUGGAAAGGGGAAGUUGAAACUGCAAAAAGCGUUUUGGGAAUAAGAAAUAGCGUAUACAUGUAUACGGACUUGAAAACCGGUCAUUACAAAAAAUGGUAGUAUGAACACCGGCAUUCUUCUGAAUGUUGAAAGCAUUGAACACGAAUUUAUUGAAUGGAAUUUGCAAAUUCAACUGAAACGCGUCACAAUGGUGUGAGCAUUAAAUACUGCGGCAUAUUCUAAAAAAGUGAAGAAGCACAACUGAGCCGAUAGCUAAAUGUCUAUUGAGUUAUUUCAGCAAUAAUCAUAAUGAAAUGUCGAGAAAAUAGAAUCGAUUGCAAAAUUGGCAGAAAUUGCUGAGUGGAUAAUAUACAGUUACUUUUUUGUUUCGAAAACACUAAAGUGCCUGAUUACAUAUGACGCCUAGAAUGGCUCAUUAUCGUACCCUUGUACAUUUGAAAAUGUUCCUUAUGAAAUUACUUAUAAUACUAAAAGAGAAAAAAGGUGAACCAACAAUAUACACACGGAUUAUGAAAUUCAAAUUGAUGACUGACAUUUUACUUUGGAUGCCCAAUACCCACAAAUUUGAGCUAUUUUGCAGUAAACGCUUGAAUUCCUUUUCUAUUAUAUUAAUAGGUGCAACAACUGAAGCUCGCUUUAGGUGCACUUAAUGCUAUACAAAACGACUAGUUAUGUAAAAGUGCAUAUUUACAACUCUUAUUGAAAAAUAAGUUGAUCUAAUUUAAAACGGUUUAUUAAUAAGUUUCCUACCUUAGUUACUCUAUUACG